UCGCGAUUCGCAACUUCGAGACGUGGGAUAUGAAAUAUGAAACUACACGAUGCUUGAAGCUUUGUUUAGCUUUCAAACAGACACGGAAUAUAGUGCGAGCUAUGUGCGUUGCUGAAGCCGCGUUCGCACAGCGUUUGCGACGCUUCACCAGCCAGCUAGCAAUAAUGGAUUCACUGUCUGAGCGGGCCGUUCAUGUGACUACCAUAACGAGUUGCUGACUUCAAUACUCACACCAAUUCAACUACCGUUGACUACUAACGGAUCUCAACAUAUCCAAUCACCGCAUACUCCCCAACACCCGAAGCACAACCAUGCUAACCAGCCCUGCGCGUCUCCACGGCGCAGCCUUGAUCGCAUCAACAUACCAGAUCAAUGUUAAAUUCCUACCACCUUCUUGCUCCAGCCACUAUCACACGCACAUCUGCGCUGUCGAUAACCCUGCAGAAGUAGUUCGCACACGCGAACACCGCUCAUCCAGAACAGCUGCAAACGACUGGAGACAUCAACAUUUCACAUGGGACUCUUCCGACCCUGAUCGUGGUUACAACGUCAGUAUAAGAGUCAAAGGCGAGCUGGAAUGGGAGAGAAAUAAUGAAGAUGAGGAGACGGCGCGGAACAUACGAAGUCUAGCGGAGCAGAAGGGUGAGAGGGUGCCUGAUAAGCGGGAGGCGCUCGUUAUGGCUUGGUUGGCGAGGGAAGGCAAGAUGGCUAUCGGUGAGUUUGGCGUUUGUCAAGACAGGUGGUGGUUUACAAUACUGAUGAGUGCUUAGGUCGUGCGAUCUACGAACCGGAUUUCGGGGUAAGGGAUGAGAAGGAGUUCUUGAUCAUCAGCAGCAGAGAUAGCGAGACCGUGGAAGCAAACCUAUAUGUAGAUGGCAAGGAGGAAAAGAAAUUUGUUGCAAAGGCUGUCGGGG